AUGGCUCUUAAUCUGUGUACAGGACUGUGACAGGAGACUAAAUGUGGGUGACUCAAAAUAACGUUACGUGUUUGACACCGGAGGUCUGGCUGAGGUCCGCCGAAGUAGCUGUUUAGCUUUUUUGCGUAUGAUUAGCACCAGAAUAAGUGGAAUUUUAGACCGGAAAUAGCGAUUUUUUGAAUAAAGGAUUUGUCAGUGGAACUUGUCAAGGACUAAGAAAAUAACGUUAGCCACACAAGUCAGAAGAGGAUAUUCUGGAAAUCGUAAUAUGAAAAAGAUCCAGGCCGAAACAUUAGGUUUUGUUCCUCAAAAAGACAUCGUCUACAAUAAGCUCCUUCCUUAUGCAGAUAAACUAGACAAUGAAUCUAAUGACAUUUUGGCCAGAAUCAAAGGUAACUUGGGUCGGGCUGUCCAACUCAGAGAGUUAUGGCCCGGAGUUUUGUUUUGGACGAGGAAACUCUCGACGUACCUUCGUCUCUAUGGAAGAAAGUUCAGUAAAGAGGACCAUGUGCUCUUUGUUAAGCUGUUGUAUGAGCUGGUCACCAUCCCCAACCUGGAGAUCAGCAUGAUGCAGAGUUUUGCACGACUUCUCAUCAACCUACUCAAAAAAAAAGAACUGCUCUCUCAGGAUGACUUGGAGUUACCUUGGAGGCCUUUGUAUGAACUCUAUGAGAAGAUCCUUUACUCCAAAACUGAGCAUCUUGGUCUCAACUGGUUUCCAAAUUAUCGAGCAGAAGCCUCCCCUAAACAAAAAAUGCUUAAUUAUGUGCGAAAGCGCUCUGUGGAGAACGUGCUAAAGACACUGGUGAAGAGCUGUAGACUAUAUUUCCCGGUGUCUGCCACUCAGGAGAUGCUGGACGAGUGGAGACCACUACUGUGCCCAUUUGAUGUCACUAUGCAGAAAGCCAUCAGCUACUUUGAACUCUUUCUGCCCACCAUCUUACCCCCAGAGCUACACCACAAAGGCUUCAAGUUAUGGUUUGAUGAACUGAUGGGUCUAUGGGUCUCAGUACAAAAUCUGCCUAGUUGGGAGGGGAGUCUUGUGAACCUUUUUGCCCGUUUGGCCAACAACAACAUUGGAUAUGUAAACUGGGACCCUUAUAUUCCCAAGAUCUUCACCAGGGUUCUACGGAGCUUCAACUUGCCUGUAGGUACCAGUCAGAUGGUGGUGCCCAGGUACAUGACCAACUCAUAUGACAUUGGCCAUGUUGUCCUCUGGAUCUCCUCUAUGCUGGGAGGAGCUGAGAAUCCAGCCCAGAAACAGCUCAACGGCCUCUUCAGCAGUAUUGCGUCCUUCUACCACCCCUCCAACAAUGGCCGCUGGUUGGUCAAGCUGAUGAAGCUUCUGCAGCGUCUGCCAGCCAGCGUGGUGCGACGGCUACACCGCGAGCGCUACAAGAAGCCGUGCUGGAUCACGCCCAUACCCACCAGCCACCGUCUCACCGACGACGACGUCACUCAUUUCGUGGAGAGCAUGAAGCAGCCCGUUCUCAUGGCCAUGUUCAGCAAGACGGGCAGCAUGGACGCUGCCCAGGCACUGCAGAACCUGGCACUGAUGAGACCCGAGCUGGUCAUCCCUCCUGUGCUGGAGAAAACGUACCCUGCGAUGGAAACCCUGACUGAACCCCACCAGCUGACGGCCACCCUCAGCUGCAUGAUUGGCAUGGCUCGCAGCCUGCUCAGUGGUGGGCACCACUACCCAGAAGGUCCUGCCCAUGUCCUGCCCUUGCUCAUGAGGGCCCUGCCUGGUGUCGACCCAAAUGACUUCAGCAAAUGCAUGAUAACGUUCCAGUUCAUCGCUACCUUUACCACCCUUGUGCCUUUGGUCGAUUGCUCCUCUGCCCUCCAUGAGCAGAAUGACUUGACAGAGAUGGAAAGAGAGCUGUGUUCAGCUUCAGCUGAGUUUGAGGACUUUGUCCUGCAGUUUAUGGACAGGUGCUUUGCCCUGAUCGACAGCAGCACCCUAGAGCAGACGCGAGAGGAGACGGAGACUGAAAAGAUGACUCACCUGGAGACUCUGGUGGAGCUGGGCCUGUCUUCCACGUUCAGCACCAUACUUACCCAGUGCUCCAUGGAGAUAUUCCAGGUGGCUCUUGAGAAAGUCUUCAACUUUGCCACCAGCAACAUCUUCGAGACGCGUGUGGCAGGCCGUAUGGUGGCAGACAUGUGCCGAGCGGCUGCGAAGUGUCACCCUGCUGAGUCCCUGAAGCGGUUCGUCCCCCACUGCUGCAGUGCCAUCAUUCACAUCACUGCCAAUGAGGAUGUUUUGAACGAGGAGGAGCUGGAUAAAGAGCUGCUGUGGAACCUCCAGCUGCUGUCUGAGGUGACGCGUGUGGAUGGAGGGAAGCUGCUCCCCUACCGCACGCAGCUGGUGCAGAUCCUGCAGCUCACCCUGCGUCUACGCUGCAAGCAGGGCUACACGCUGGCCUGCAACCUGCUACACCACAUCCUGCGCUCCACCGCCCUCACCUACCCCACCGACUACUGCAGUGUGCCGGGGGGCUUUACCCAGCCCCUGUCUCACUACCUGCCCAUUAAGGACUGGGGGCGUCCAGGCAACCUGUGGGAUCUGCAGAUCCAGUGGCACGUGCCCAGCGCAGAGGAGAUGGCUUUUGUCUUCUACGUACUGGACCUGCUGCUCCAGCCAGAGCUUACACGCUUGCAGAGAUACGCCCAGGGUCAGCAGGACAUGAGCAGGGAUGAUGUUCUUCAGAGCCUGUCCAUCGUGCAGCACUGCCUGCUGGGCGCUGGCGGCAUGCUGCCCCCUCUCGAUGGCACCCCUGUCUCUGGCCUAGUUCAGAGCAUGGUUAGUCUUGAGGAGACUAGUCUGUACAUUGGGGUUGACUAUGAUGAUUCCAGAGAAAACUAUAGAGAGGCAAUCUGUAAAGUCAUGAGACAGCUGCUGCAUUACAUUCUGGAGCACUCGGAGGAUGACACCAAAUCCCUCUUUUCUAUAAUCAAGAUCAUCAAUGACCUGAUGCAUUUCAGAGGCUCUCAUAAGCAUGAGUUUGACUCUCGCUGGAAGAGCUUUGCUUUGGUUAAGAAGUCUAUGGAGAACAGGCUGCAUGGAAAGAAACAGCACAUUCGAGCUCUUCUCAUAGACCGGGUGCUUCUCCAACAUGAGAUCCGUAAACUGCUAGUGGAAGGUUUUGAAUACAAAACUAUUCACCAGGAUUUGCUCAGAGACCUUCUGCGUCUGUCUACCAGCACCUACAGUCAGGUCCGCAGCAAGGCCCAGAGCGUGUUGUUCACGGCCCUGAGCACGUAUAACUUCUGCUGCCGAGACAUCACACCUCGAGUGCUGGAGCUGCUGGAGCCCACGCUCACUGACGUCAGCCAGCAGCAGCUCAAGGGAGCCCUGUAUUGCCUGCUGGGGAACCAUGGAGGGGUGUGUCUAGCGAACUUGCAUGACUGGGACUGCAUAAGUGUGACCUGGCCAGCUAUGGUGCGCUCGGGCCUCAGCCCUGCCAUGUCCCUGGAAAAGCCCUCCAUCGUCAGGCUCUUUGAUGACCUCGCUGACAAAAUCCACCGCCAGUACGAGACUGUCGGCAUAGACUUCACUGUGCCUGAAAGCGCGCUGGAAGUGGGCCGGAAGAUCACGGACUCGGCCAGCCCGCCCCCUCUCAUGGGCCCUCCCUCAGACCAGGAGCAGGAGGCGGGGCAUGCCCUGCAGCAGGCCAGAAACAUGGAAGCAGUGCAGAGGUAUGAAAAACUGGUUACUGACCUCCUGGAGUGCCUGGAUGACCGAGACCUGCCGUGGAAGUUUGAGCACAUGGCCAUUGGCUUCCUGUCUCUGCUACUGAGAGACGACCACCCACUCCCGACUCGAGCCGUGCUCUUCUUUGUCCGCAGCCUCAACCAUGAUGCGCUCAUCGUGCGCAAGGUGGCAAUCUCUGCUGUGGCAGGCAUUCUCAAGCAGCUGAAGAGACCUCGCAAGAAAGUGGCCGUCACACCCAGUGAUAUCAGUGGGGUGAUGGAGCUAGAGGGACUGGUGGCGGGAGACAGGCCAGGAAAUGACUGGCUUCUGUACCAUGCUGACAGCUUACCUCGCACCCAGGAGGACUGGGACAAUUUUCGCUUCGUGGAGAAGACUCACUGGGGCUACUACUGCUGGCCAAAGAAGCUGCUGCUGUAUGCUCCAAUCAAGGAGCAGCCUAAAGACCUAAGCCCUGAGGAGAUGAAAGAGAGUGAGCUCAUCAUCUACAACCAUUUCUCCAACCCGGCAUUCAUCAACCAGCUCGUCAGCUUCUUAUCCCUGGAGGACCGCAAGGGCAAAGACAAGUUCAACCCCCGCCGUUUCUGCCUCUUCAAGGGCCUGUUCAGGAACUACAGCGACGCCUUCCUGCCUGUGCUAAAGCCGCACAUGGAGCGCCUGGCUGGGGACUCCCACGAGAGCACCCAGCGCUGCGUGGCUGAGAUUAUUGCCGGCCUGGUGAGAGGCAGCAAGCACUGGAGCUUCAGCCAGGUGGAGGCUUUAUGGCAAUUCCUGAUUCCUUUGAUGCGAACAGCCCUAUCCAACAUCACCGUGGAAACCUACACAGACUGGGGCACAUGCGUGGCUACAGCCUGUGAGAGCAGAGACCCACGCAAGCUCCAUUGGCUGCUGGACCUGUUAAUGGAGUGUCCUCUUAGUGGAGAAGGGGGUUCUUUUGUUGAUGCUUGUCAUCUGUAUGUGCUGCAGGGUGGUCUGGCACAGCAGGAGUGGCGAGUGUCUGAGCUGCUGCACAGAUUGCUGACCUACCUGGAGCCCAAACUCACACAGGUGUACAAGAAUGUGCGAGAGCGCAUUGGCAGUGUGCUGACGUACAUUUUCAUGAUCGACGUUGCUCUGCCCAACACUGGCCCUACCAAGUCCCCCCGCAUCGCCGAGUUCACGCAACGGGUGGUGACAUGCCUGAAGCCCCUGCUUGAGGGUGACGAGGAGAUCCAGAACCACGUGGUGGAGGAGAAUGGAGUGGGUGAGCAGGACGAGAGGACACAGGCCAUCAAACUGCUGAAAACUGUGCUCAAGUGGCUUAUGGCCAGUGCCGGGCGCUCCUUCACGUCCCCGGUGCCCCAGCAGCUCCAGCUAUUGCCUCUCCUCUUUAAGAUUGCUCCAGUGGAGAACGACGACAGCUAUGAUGAGCUGAAGAGGGAUGCCAGGACCUGUUUGUCCCUCAUGUCCCAGGGGCUCCUCUACCCAGAGCAGAUCCCUUUGGUGCUCAGAGUGAUGACUGAGAUGGCAGGCAGCAGCUCCUGGCAUGCCCGCUUCUCAGUGCUGACCUAUCUGCAGAUAAUGGUCUUCUACAAUCUGUUCACCAUACUGAGCAACAAGCAGGCCGUCCAGAACAUCCGCGCACUGGUCAUCAGCCUGCUGGAGGAUGAGCAGCUGGAGGUGAGGGAGAUGGCUGCCACCACUCUCAGUGGUUUCCUGCAGUGUAACUUCUUGACCAUGGAUGUGUCCAUGCAGACUCAUUUUGAGGCUCUAUGCAAAACCAGGUUGCCUAAAAAAAGGAAGCGAGACCUGGGUUCUGUUGUGGACACCAUACCCUCAGUUGAUUUGGUGCGGCGUCACGCAGGAGUGCUGGGGCUCAGUGCCUGCGUCCUCUCCAGCCCCUACGACGUCCCCACCUGGAUGCCUCAGCUGCUCAUGGAUCUCAGCGCCCACCUGAACGACACCCAGCCCAUCGAGAUGACCGUGAAGAAGACCCUGUCGAACUUCCGCCGGACUCAUCACGACAAUUGGCUGGAGCACAAGCAGCAGUUCACAGAUGACCAGCUGGUGGUGCUCACCGACCUGCUGGUGUCACCCUGCUACUAUGCUUAGACAGGUGAAACAGAAUGCAUGGACAAGGACAGACUACCUGUGGAUCUUUGAGCUCCCCUCUCCCAGCCAUUCAGUGAACAGAGCUUCCCAAUGUCUGGUCACUGUUCAUAAAGUCUGAGGACAGACUCAGCUAUAGAGCUGUUUAGCAAUCUACUUUAUGACUUUGACUGCUCUGAAGCAGCAGGCAGUGGCUUGACCCCUCUUCAGUAAGUAAUGCCAAAUGAAGUCUAGACUUCAGUACGGCAGCUCAUCGAAACUCUUUUAAUGAGUGAUGUGUGAAUGAAACCUUCUUGAAGGUGGUCUGCUAGCCAGAUGUUGGGAAUUUCCAGUAUAGUAGGAUGUUGUAUGGCUGAACCACUAUAAACCAGCACCACCACAUAAUGGAUGUGCUAUUCUGCAUUCUUGUGGUACAUAUUUAAUAACUGGUAGCUCCGGAUGGCUACUGUGUAUCUCUCAGCUCACAUGCCUUCAUAAGUUUUGUGUCUGUAUUUAUAUAUGUGUAUGUAUUUAUGUAUCGUACACAUGCAUUUAUUUAUGCAUAAAUGUUAGUUCUAGGAGGAAAAGUUCUGGGUCAAAAUGAACAACCAGUCAGGAGCGAGUUCAAACUGUUAACAAGCCCAUGACAUGAUGUGAAGUGCAUGAGCAUGUUGGGGUGUGUGUGUGUGUGUGUGUGUUCACAGUUUAGAGCAAAGACUGUGUCCACCAUGUUGAUCCAGGUUACUUAUGUGGCAUGUGACUGGGAAACCUCACAGUAUCCUCCAACCCCACACAGACAUCUUCGUUUUUCCUGUACCACCAGCCGCACAUAUGUAAAGCAGUAACAUCCUCUGAAGCACACGCUGGCCCAACCACGAAGAGCUAACUCCAAUUAGGAGUGAAACCUGGUUAGGUUUGGUCUGCAUUAUGGAAUGUCCAUAACACAACCAUUGUUGCUUGGUGCCAAAACUGCAGUGAUUUUUCUCUAUUUUUUUAAAUGUACUGUUUGCUUGUUUUACCCAAAAAACAAAACAAAAAAAAAAAAGCCAA